CUGUCAGGUGUCAUUGUCAUUCUUGACAUCUAUCUGCUGAGAUUCGGUACUUCAGCUUCAGCUGUAAAAAAAUAGGAAAAUGAAAUAAUAUCCAAGUGGAAAGUGAAUUUAUUGUAUAUCUGUAAUAUAUAAAUAAAACGGCAUGUUCCGAACACGUACUAUAACUCGUGCAUUAUGGCAUCAGCAAACUCAAAUAAGAACACAUUAUGCAAGACCAUGCGCUAGCAUCUUGCAUAUUAGCAAACCAAAUACAAGAAAUUUGAACACUGUAACUGUAGAAGAUAGCUAUGUUAAAAAAUUCAUGAAUGCUGUCGGAUGGAUGGACCAAUCUAGGACACGUUUAAAAUUGACAGGAUAUUUCUUAUAUGAAUGUAUACCAGAAAAUGUAUCUUAUGCUGAAUGGUUUGAGAGCCUAGAAUUGCCUGAUACUUUUGCUUCAUGGUUUGUUAUUACUGAGUUACAUGUUUGGAUGCUUAUGGUGCGUUAUAUGGCUGAGGACAUCCUAUUACCUGUCAAUGAAAAGAAAAAAUACAUAAAAGGAGAUGGACAUUUUGUAAGGAAUUGUAUUAUUGAGGCUCUGUGGGCCGAUGUUGCCAACAAAAUAAAACUUUUGGAGGGUGCCAAUCCAGCAAUAGCAAGAAAGCAAGUAUCAGAAUUGUCAGAACAGUUCCAAGCUUCCUUGGUAGCUUAUGAUGAAGGACUGAGUGAUGACAAAAUACUGGCUGCAGCCAUUUGGAGAAGAUUCUACUCAUUAUCUGAUGAUGUCAAAGCGGAACACAUUGAGAGGCUUGUUAAGUUUAUAAGGCAUCAGGUUGCAGAAUUAGACAAGAUACCAAGUGAAGAUUUAAGGUCAAAACCGAAGAUAUCCUGGCUAAGUAUAUUAGACCACUAAUGUUAUUUAUUACGUAGAUGUAUAGAACAUUUAAGUUAUGUAAUGAAAUAAAUCAUUUGUUGUUUGCA